AUCAGUGGAAGGGAUCUAAGAGUGGAUUCAAACAUAUCAUACUGGGGAAUUAACAUUACAGCUGUGAAUGAAAGCAACCGCACUGGAAUGUCAUUUUGUGAAGUCAUGUCUUGGACCAUGAUUUUUCUUUCCCUCGUUGUUGCCCUAGUUGGGCUGGUUGGAAAUGGCACAGUGCUAUGGUUCCUCGGCUUCCAGAUGCGCAGGAAUGCAUUCUCUGUCUACAUCCUCAACCUUGCUGGUGCUGACUUUCUCUUCAUUUGCUUACAAAUUGGAUAUUGUUUUCAUAUAAUCUUGGAUAUUGAUUCCAUACCCACUGAAAUUUAUAUGUUUUACCAUGUUGUGUUAAACCUUCCUUAUUUUUGUGGCCUAAGUAUCCUCAGUGCCAUUAGCAUUGAACGCUGCCUGUCUGUCAUGUGGCCCAUCUGGUAUCACUGCCAACGUCCAAGGCACACAUCAGCUGUCAUUUGUAGCCUGCUUUGGGUCUUGUCCCUAGUGUGGAGCCUCCUGGAAGGAAAGGAAUGCGGUUUCCUAUAUUACACCAGUGGCCUUAGUUGGUGCAAGACAUUUGAUUUAAUCACUACUGCAUGGUUAAUUGUUUUAUUAGUAGUUCUGUUGGGAUCCAGUCUGGCCUUAGUGAUUACUAUCUUCUGGGGCUUACACAAGAUUCCUGUGACCAGGCUGUAUGUGGCCAUUGUGUUCACAGUGCUGGUCUUCCUGCUCUUUGGUCUACCCUAUGGGAUCUACUGGUUCCUCUUAGUGUGGAUUGAGAAAUUUCAUUAUGUCUCACCUUGUAAUAUGUAUCUAGUCACAGUAUUUCUGUCCUGUGUUAACAGCUCUGCCAACCCCAUCAUUUACUUCCUUGUUGGGUCCAUUAGGCAUCAUCGCUUCCAAUGUAAGACUCUUAAGCUAUUUCUGCAGAGAGCCAUGCAAGACACUCCUGAGGAGGAAGAAUGUGGAGAGAUGGGUUCCUCAGGAAGAUCUAGAGAAAUUAAACCUUAG